AUGAGUCCGGCCGGGUGCUCCCAUGUGAACGGCUAUAAGGUGGAUAAUUGGAAACAAAACCUUCGAGUCAUUUACCAAUGCUUUGUCUGGAGUGGUACUGCAGAAACCAGGAGACGCAAGGUGCCUCAGGGAAAUGCAGGAGUGUCAAUGGUGGCUAAAUCGUGUAUCUGUCAUAUGUGUGGUGCCCACCUGAAUCGACUUCACUCCUGCCUCUACUGCGUGUUUUUUGGCUGCUUUACGAAGAAACACAUUCACGAGCACGCAAAGAACAAAAGACAUAACCUUGCAAUAGAUCUAUUAUAUGGUGGUAUAUAUUGUUUUGUGUGUCAAGACUACAUAUACGACAAAGACAUGGAGCAGAUUGCCAAAGAGGAGCAGAGGAAAUCAUGGAAAUUACAAGGAAUAGGGGAAAAAUACACAACGUGGGAGCCGACCAAGAGGGAGCUAGAGUUAUUACGACACAAUCCAAAACGGAGGAAAAUCACGACAAACUGUACAAUAGGUUUACGAGGGUUGAUAAACCUGGGAAACACGUGUUUCAUGAACUGUAUUGUUCAGGCCUUAACGCACACACCAUUGCUGCGAGACUUCUUCCUCUCCGACAGACACAAGUGCGAGAUGCAAUCAAACUCCUGUCUGGUGUGUGAGAUGUCGCAACUUUUUCAGGAGUUCUACUCGGGACACCGCUCACCCCACAUUCCCUUUCGGCUGCUGCACCUGGUGUGGACGCACGCACGGCACCUCGCGGGAUACGAGCAGCAAGAUGCCCACGAGUUCCUUAUCGCGGCGCUGGAUGUGCUUCACCGACACUGCAAAGGAGACACCAUCCGAGAUGACAAUGGGAAGAAGGCCAACAAUCCAAAUCACUGUAAUUGCAUCAUAGACCAAAUCUUCACCGGUGGCCUGCAGUCAGAUGUUACAUGCCAAGUUUGCCAUGGCGUUUCCACGACGAUAGAUCCGUUCUGGGACAUCAGUCUGGACCUGCCGGGUUCAUCCACGCCUUUCUGGCCCCUCAGUCCCGGAGGAGACGGCAGCACGGUUAACGGGGAGAGCCACGUGUCAGGGUCCACCACACUAACUGACUGCCUGCGAAGGUUUACGCGGCCGGAGCAUCUAGGAAGCAGUGCCAAAAUUAAGUGUGGCGGUUGCCAUAGUUACCAGGAGUCUACUAAACAGCUGACAAUGAAGAAGCUCCCCAUCGUAGCAUGUUUCCAUCUGAAACGGUUUGAGCAUUCUGCGAAACUGCGGAGGAAGAUUACCACAUACGUUUCCUUUCCUUUAGAGUUAGACAUGACACCUUUCAUGGCAUCCAGUAAAGAAAGCAGAAUGAAUGGGCAGUAUCAACAGACAGUCGACGUAUUAAAUAACGACAAUAAGUAUUCGUUGUUUGCAGUGGUUAAUCACCAAGGAACAUUAGAAAGUGGGCACUAUACCAGCUUCAUUCGACAGCACAAAGACCAGUGGUUUAAAUGUGACGACGCCAUAAUCACGAAGGCCAGCAUUAAGGACGUACUUGACAGUGAAGGGUAUCUCUUAUUUUACCAUAAACAGUUCCUUGAAUACGAAUAG